AUGUUAGCACUGAUUAUUCUGUGGCAUUUUAGCGAAUCCUUGCUUUACGAAGCAAAAAGCACAACUGCUAUACUCAACAGUGGCUGGAUUUGCUUUUCAUAUCUCAAUCCCUUGCUGCUUAUCACAUUAAACACAACUAUUAGGAGAAAAGUUAUUCGAAUGCUCACUCGUGCCUACGGACAUCCGAGGCAAUGCACAUUUUGUGCGAACAAAAAGGUUCCUGUACAUAACGAAGUUACGCUUUUUAACAACUCCCACUAUUAG